ACAAUCGAAAAGAAAUCGAACGUAAUCUGACAGGAAAAAAAAAUUCAGUCGAACCUUUGAGAAUCUACGAUCGCCUUUCGGACUCUAAAUUAAGUUAUAGCUCUGAUUCGAGAAAUUGAAGUUUCAAAUCGAUUCCCGUGAAAUUGAAUUGUAAAAUUGUUGUUUGUGAUGAAAUUUUGAAAAACAAAGAAUCAAGACGAAAGGUUCGAACUGAAAAAACGCGAUAAAACUCACGUUGCAAUAUCGACAGCUCAUUAGUACGAUUUUUAUCUUGAAUCGUCGAUAAUCCGUAGCGUUUGGAGACGAUUUAAUUUUUCCAAAACAAAGACAAAUUAUGUUCAAAUUAGUUUGUUAUUGAAUCGAACUGUUGUGGUAUUAUUUACUCCAUUCCAUUGGCAUUGUAUACGAAACAAAACUGAUCAAAUAAUAUGGCUAAGUACUACGAGACCACCACAACUUUUAACUACAGUUGGGAGCAGGUAGUGCAGGGUUUUUGGAACAGAUAUCCGAAUCCACAUAGCUCACAUGUCUUAACCGAAGACACCAUUUCAAGAGAAAUACGUAACGGUAAAUUGCACAGCAAGCGAUUGCUGUCGAAGACGAACAAUUUGCCGAAAUGGGGAGAACGUUUCCACAAUGCGAAAUCAGUGAAAAUUGUGGAGGAAUCAGUCGUAGAUCCAAAGGAGAGGACAUUAACCACUUACACUAGAAACAUUGCAUUUACGAAAGUCAUGAGUGUGGUGGAAAAAGUUGUCUACAAAAUGUCUGACGAACAUCCCGGAAAAACGAUAGCCAUCCGAUCGGCUUGGAUCGAUUCACAAGUGUUUGGAUUUUCGCGAGCAAUACGAGCAUUUGGCGUGGAAAGGUUCAAGAAAAAUUGUAACAAAAUGGUAUUCGGCUUCAACCAUGUCCUCAGCGCAAUGUUUCCGAUGCAUACACCAUCUGCAAAUCAAGCCGAUCAUCAUUACAUGUCCAAAGCGAAUAAGAUUAAAGAAGCUGCCAAAACGGCAUCGUCACAGGUCAAGGCACAGGCUGAACAGAUUUACCAAGCAUAUUCCGUUAAAAAUUGAGUUUUUAAACAGAAUGAAAAUUGCAGGUGCUGUGUGUGAUUGAUGUGAUGAUUUGAGAAAUGUUUUGCAUAUAAUUCGAAAUAGAAUUUCGUUUAGCGACAAAAAAUGACAGAAAAAAUGUCUGUUGUCAUUGGUGGUAUAUAUACUAGAUUUAACCGUUCUAUCAAACAACUUCACCCUUUUGUAAAUAAAUUUGAGUUAAUUUUAGGAUAAUAUUUGAUUUUGGUAGCCAUUAGAUCUCUAUUAUCAAAGCAUCUUUUGAGUCUAUCCAGUAACGAUGACAUAGGAUAAUCAUAGCUAAUCUUUCGUGCAAUUUGAUUAGUUGCCAGACAGAAGUAUUAAAUUGUUGGACCACCCUAAUGUUUUAUAAUUGUGAUGUGCUUUCUCAUUAAGAUGCUUUCAUUUUAGUGUUAACAUUCAACAGAAAAUUAGUUAUGUAAUGCAGUGAAUGUAACAGACGUUUAAGUACAAUUCUUUUUAUUAUUAAAAAUGAUUGAAAA